AUGGAAGAACACCAUAGAAAUGGCUGUGCCACCGAUCCGAUAUCCCACUCGAUAUCGGAGACCCUCCCCGCGCCUCCAGGGGCAUCAUCCACUGGGCCAAAUGAGCUCCAUUCAACGAACACUACAGUGCCAGACGGGAAAGCCGACGGUGAGGAAUAUUCGGUCUUCAGUCGCCAUGAGAAAGUUUUCUUUAUCUCCUUAACUAGCUUCGGUAUGGUUGUCUGUAUGAUUGCAACCAACGUCUACUUCCCUAUACUGCCGAUACUCGAACAAGAAUACCGCGUGUCGCCCACUUCAAUCAACCUGACAAUUACUGUAUUCCUGAUUAUCCAGGGGAUCGUGCCAGCUUUGAUGUCUACGCUUUCCGAUUUUCAUGGACGGCGCCUGGCAUGGAUUCUCGCACUAUCACUCUAUAUCGUGGCAAAUGUGGGCCUUGCGUUGCAGAAGAACUACCUGACGCUGAUGCUCCUUCGGUGUAUUCAAAGUGUGGGCAGUAGUUGUGCAAUCCCGUUUGGCUUUGCCUCCGCUGCUGACAUUGCAUCGCCUGAGGAGAGGGGUAGAUAUAUAGGUCCCAUGCAUGGCAGUGUCAUGGCAGCGUUUGCAUUUGGGCCGGUUAUUGGGGGAUCGCUAGCGAGCCGUCUUGGCUGGAGGAGUGUGUUCUGGUUCCUGGUCAUCAGCAGUGGAUGCUUUUUUGCCUUGUACAUGAUAUUUAUCCCAGAAACUGCUCGGACAGUGGUUGGGAAUGGCUCCUUGGUUCCGCAAGAUUGGUGGAGGAGGUCGGUCAUGCAGAAUUGUGGGUGUCGUCAGCGCAGUACCAUGAGCAAAGGCAUUCUGAGGGACCAGAAACAGUCCAGCCCUCAGCAAAGAAAGGAGGGCGUAGCGACUACCUUGCUGACUGUGUUCGGUGCAUUUGUCAUCCUCAAGCACAAGGAGGCCCUCAUUCUGAUCAUAUACACCAGCCUGCUCUAUUUUGGAAUUUCCGCUCUGUGGGCGACUACCGCAAACAAAUUUGGCGAGCUUUACGGGCUAAGUACUAUGCAAGUUGGGCUGUCCUUUCUCUCACUCUGCUUUUCCAAUUCCAGUCCUUUCGGGAUUGCUGGCGGCUUUGGCUCAAUAAUUAGCGGGAGGCUGGUUGACAUCAAUUACCGCCGGAUUUCCAGAAAUCGAAACGCGGCCGGUGACCUCCAUCCCGUCAGCAGUGACAGAUCAGGAGAUUUCCCAAUUGAAGUGGCCAGACUCCAGGUCGCGCUCCCCCAUAUGUUCAUGGUUGCAGUGAGCUUUGCUGUCUAUGGUUGGAUGGUAGAGAAGCGACUGCCGCUUGUGGCCGCGCUUACCUGGCAGGCCCUCAUCGGGCUGUGUGGGAACUCAUUGUUGGGAAUUUUAUACACCCUCUUGAUAGAUCUUUUCCCUGGCCAGGCGGCUGCGGCUUCGGGAGCAGCCGAUUUCGUCCGAUGUUGGCUUGGCGCCCUGUCUGCCGCCGUCAUCAAUGACAUGUUGUCUGACAUGGGCUGGGGCUGGUGCUUCACAAUGAUCGGUUUGUUGCUGGUUAUUACGUUGCCGUUGAUUGCCCUUGAAUAUGUAUACGGGAUGUCCUGGAGGCAACGACGAGAAAUGACCCGCGCAUCUGCCUAG